UCCCAAAACAGACUUCUACUCGAUAUCCGAUCUACUCAAACGUUCGAUUCGUUUGCUCGUUUCCGUCGUGAAAGUUUCCCGGCGUUUGAUUGUAAUUUUGCCGACGUCGCCUCCUCAUAGAAAGCUCGCAAAAAAUGAAUCUGAUUCAGUUCGAUCUGAAUGCAAAUAUCAAGACCUAAUUGUUGUACACGUUCCUAGCGAAGACAAAUACAAGAUUGGGCAUUUGCUAUAAUCGAUCCCGACAAAUUCCGAUCUAUUCCACUUUUCUACAAGUCUUUAUAAGCCCGACAACGCCGGCGCCGGUUUUCAACUCAAGAGUUUUGUACAACAUUUGAUUUUACAAGGGAAAACGUCUUCAAGCGGCAGUCAAAAGAUGAAACGCGAUAAGAGCCCUCUGUUGUGUUUUAUUCAAGAAGGCAAUGCGUGCUGAAUAAUGAAGGUUUUCCAGAGAGAAUACUGAAAAGCAGAUGGGGACUGGCUGUUCAAAAUCGGUCGUGGUAGUCAGUGCGAAUUGGAAACCAGAAGCACGAAGUUCUGCUUCGAACACGUCAACUACGGCAACUGGAUCCACGAUUAAGACGCUAGCCGAGGCCACAAUGUAAGUAAAACAUUUCUUAUACAUCUAACUUUAUUAAAAGAUGUUUUUAUUUAAGAGCCGAACCGACAUACUGGCACCCAAUCCUCGCAUUUAAAAGGGUAAGCAUCCCCUACUGUGAGAUUUCAGUCUUCGCAAUGUAGCAGCGAUUAAAAUGAAAGACUUCUCUUCGGACCCGAAGGUUUUGUUUUGAACAAAAACAAAUCCACUCUCAACUUAGGAAGCAGAGAUAAGAUGAAAUAUUUGCUGUAGUAUCGCUGAUGUAAAUUUUUUUCGUUUUCCAAUAGCAUAAGGUUGCACUGACGAACAUUUAUUUUGAAAUGCAUCAUACGAGCUUUUUAAUUCAUUCCUUAGUUAAGUCGAAAUCACUGAGUGCCAGGUACAAAAAAUUUCUUAUUCGUCACAACAAAUCUAAAUCUCGGAUGAAGCAAAAAAAUUAACUGCAUCAAAACGAGUAUAAAUGAUAGAAAGAUUUCGACCACAUAAGUCAUUUGAACACAGGUGGCAAUUUGCAGGGAAAAAAUGAAAAUAAAGACGUCUGUUACUGGUGGGGCGAUUGGAUGAGAUAGAGGCAACAGCUGAUUCAUGUUAUGAUCAAAGCGAUUCUUUCAUGAUCGUUUUCCGUUCUUUCAUUGGCUUAAGUAAUAGCGUGCUUAGUUGCCAAAAAAGCUAAUUUUGAGCGGAGUCUCCAUUUGAAUUGUAACAAACGACUACUUUCACUAAAACGAACGCGAGUCAGUAUUUUCCAAGUUAUCUCUAGAACCGAUUCGAAUACGCAUGCUAAUUUGCUUUUUCUUAUGCCAAGUAGCUUGAAAACAAUUUACUCAGCUUAUGAAUUUAAAUAUCACUAAAAGUAGUGACUUGUUUCGGUACUUAUUGCAAUACAAGUAUACCAUAAAUUUUAUAAGGCUUUUAUAUAAAUCCAGGUCGAGAAGAAAGCCUUAAACACGCCGCGAGAAUUUCAGUUUUUCGCCUAAUUUUCAUUACCCUCCUUUUUGUAAUAGCUGUACGACCGCCAUCGCAUGCAGGUGUUAAGCGCGCGAAAGACAGAAAAAGGUUAUUUCGCCACCGAAGUCAAUUAUUCUCUCAUAAAAUAUGCACUAGUGUGUUGACACUUUUUUCAGACCGUCAAAGAAGGGGAUGAAAGAUGCGUUGGCGAGAUGAUGACUGCUUUAAUUAGCGAAAACUGAAGCAAAAUAAGGGUGUAUAAUUUUGCAUUUGCCUUAGGAAAGACAAAUCUUCGUACAGAUUUUGUUAGCUUGUUCUCAUGAUCUCUGGCACGUCGUUCAAUUUCUCAUAUCUACAAAACAGCAGUUUAUUUUGUAUUGGCCUUCAACAGAUGAUAACACAGCUCGUUUACAUGUAAAAUGAAUUUGCAAAACGAUUUCUUUUGGUUUCUUAAGCUGGCUGAUUUUUAUCUUUUUUAUUUGUUGAUCUCCCGUUAGGUUUAAAAUAAAUUAUUCAUAUUCAACUGACACGUUCAGAUAAACAUGGUAAAAUAUGAUCCAAAUCAUUAGCAGUUCUUUGAUCAGUUUUAAAAGUUUUUCAAAGGUCUGUUUUUAAGGUAUUUAGGUGAAACCUCCGAACCACUUCAUAGGCGGCCGUGACUUUAAUUUCCAACGAUUAUUCUUUUGUUUUAAUGUUUACAUUUCUUAAAGAUUUGCAUCUGGCUAGUUUGAAAGCUAAGCAAUAAAUUUUAUGCUAGCGAAAUUAAUCUGCCCUGUGUGAGGGCUAGAAGCUACACCAUUUAAUACUGAAGUAUUAUAGUCUGGACCUAAAACGUUUUCAACAGUCAGACCCUGCACAUGAGAAAACAUAAAAAAGACGCAUUGUUCAAAAAUAUUUUCCACUCCAUUUGUUUACAAAGCUGCCUCUUUGCAGUCUACAGUUUUACUGUAGAAAUUACCAAAUUGAUUAUUUAAAAGUUUUGAGGUAAACCUUUUUCCUACGUAAAACCGACAGAAACAGGCGUUGACAAACAUGUCGAACAUGGUGUAUCAGUUUCAAGAUUUGCUUUUUCUUCACAAACGUACAAAUAAGAAUUGAAGCAGCCAAAAAUAACAGAUAUGAUGAAACCUCGUUACUAUGGAGACUGAGGGAGCCAUAGAAAGUGUCCGUAUUAACGGGGUGUCCGUGGCGGCUUUCUUUCCCCAGGAGCAAAGCAGGGUCCGUGAUAACGUGGUGUCCGUAUAGCGUGGUUUGACUUCACCGAAAGAAAGUUAAAAUUUUAGACAAUAGCUUUCAGGGAAACAAAAACAAUAACGGCCAUUUUUUUUAAACAUAAAAGUUUCAGUUCAACAUGAUAGCAUCUCACGUGGUCUUUCAAUUUAAUAAUUGUACUUCAGGAAGCCAUUCACAGUCUAAGAAGUCAAAAAUUUAUUUAAAAGCUGAGGAGACGUGCUUCAUUUUGAAUACGCCAUCCCCCAAGUUAUCAAUCUUGUGUAGCAUAACUAGACAGCAAGGCACCGCGUAUAGAACUGUUCGUUGGCGUUUAUUUGAUUGUUGCACGUACGGAUUUCGCCCCACAAAUUUUAAAGUACAGCUGAACAAAAGCAGUAAGCCAUAAUAAACAGUCAGUACAACAUAAAAUAGCCACUCGAUCUCUCUAUAGCAAUAAGUUAGACGACCUACGCUUUCACGGCAAGUGAUGGCCGCUUUUCAAUAUUGGAUCUUCCCUGGGAAGCGCAGAAUCAUAUUCUAAUCGACAUUUGGAAAGAAAGCUUAGAUUAACAUAUAAUAUCCAUUGCUGAACGUUGCUAAUGACCAAAAUUCGUCCUUUUAUGGGGCAGCUGUGUUUUUAGUGAUUUAAAGUGCGCACUUAACUAAGUCACGUACAAAAUUAAAACUUUGUCUAAAGAGAACUAGUGUACAAAGCCUUAAUCCAGUAAGGACGUACCAAAAAGCCUUUCUGGAAAAAAUAACAAGUUUACUACGUGUACCAAAAAGCUAUGCAUAGUGCUAAUCAAAGGAAAUAGUUUUGCAAACUAACAGAGUCAUUACUGAACUGAAUUAAAAUGAAUCAUAAUUUUUUAGAAAGGAAAAUUUUUCGAAAGUUGCUUAGAAACUGUUUCACAGUUUUUUUCCGUUACAAAAGUAUUUAAGGUUCAAAGUCCACGUCGUUUAGGAAAAAAAGCAAACAACUAUUUCUUUCUAUUCUUGUCCAGCUGGAGUCCAUUUAAACUUAGUCGUUCUGAAGCAGAGGAAUUGUUGUCAAGAGCGGAGCCUGGGGCCUUCGUAUUCUCUCAUGAUAUGACGUCAGAGUUAUUUUUAUCGAUAUGGUAAGAAGACACCGUACUUCCUUCAUUUAAGAUAAGCACUUCUCAGAAUUUCCGAAAUAAAGACUGGUUAAGUUAUUUUCAUUUUUUUGUUUUAUUUUUUUGGGGGGGGAAUUAAUUCACAGUCUUAUUGUCACCAUUAUUCUUAGAAACUAAGCUAUUGCCACGAAAUAAGAGCAAAGUAAAAUAGGACAGUUAAGGUUCAAUACGAGAUGAUAGCAUGUUACAAACAGAGUUCUGAGAUCUGCAUGAUAUAAACAGAUGGUCGCGACUGCGAUUGCUCCUAAUGAUAGGCCCGCCAGAGUCCCCAAAGCAAACGUUUUGUCUCGUCGCGCAACGCUCCUCCCCAAGAAGGGGACAAGCGUUGCGUGACGAACAUCGUAGGACACCGGGUCCGCCAAUAAUGAGACGAUCGAUUUCAUAAAUUUAAUUCCUUUUUUAGUGUGGGAAAAUAUGUCUGUCAUCACGCUGUUUUAGCUCGUGACCAGGGAUAUUACGUUGGCGCCAGGAAGUUCACGACCAUCAGUGACGUGGUGGACUAUUUCAAGGACCACCCUCUAGGAGAGAUAACGUUAAAACAGGAGGUAAGAUUGUAAAUACAUUUACGCAUGAUCCAACGCGCGUCAAAAAUCGGAAAUUAACAUAACAAUGGCGUUAAAAAUCGCUUGAAUGAAUUUAAAACAUUUGCGAACAACAUUUAGUAGUAUAAAGGAUUGGAACUGAGAGACACUGUCCAAUCCCAUGAACCUCGCUUCAAUUGUGUCUACUUCCGGUCUCUACCGUACGGAAGAUAGAACCUGGGAAAGAGCGUUAAAGUCCCUUUACCUACAAAUGAAUGUCAAAUAUUCAAUAGGCUAUUCCUUAUUCCGAAAGUAGAUCGAUAAAGAUAGAUUUAUCGAUUUAAGAGUUAGUAAAAGCUCCAGUAAGUGUACAAUGAAUACGGUAUUAAUUUCGCCUAAGCCAUGCUGGCACUUGUCUUGCGCGGCAUCUUUUUCAAUUGCGGAAAAGUUAGGAACAAAAAUUGUACUUCUAGUAAACAACAGUUACAUCUAAAGUUAGGCUGAGUCAACUCCAGCAAAAUGAAAUCCAAAUCCUGUAUAUUGAGUUUUUGUCUCUCAAAAUAUCUCUUG